AUGUCGUCUCAAAAACGGUUAUUUGUCAAAGUUGUUAUACUUGGGGACAGCGGUGUUGGUAAGACAUGUCUCAUGAAUCAGUUUGUAAACCAAAAAUUUAGCCGUGAAUACAAGGCUACAAUUGGCGCUGAUUUUUUGACAAAAGACGUGAUUAUAGAUGGAAAAACCGUCACCCUUCAAUUAUGGGAUACCGCAGGUCAGGAGCGGUUUCAGAGCUUAGGAAUGGCUUUUUAUCGUGGAGCAGAUUGUUGUGUGAUAGUGUAUAAUGUGAACAAUGCAAAAAGUUUUGAAUCAGUGGAGAAUUGGAAACAAGAGUUCCUUUUACAGACAUCUCAAGACGAAUCCACCUUUCCAAUAAUAAUUGUGGGUAACCAAAUAGACAAGGAUCCUUCUAAACGAGCUGUGCCCUUAAAUCGAGCUUUAGCUUAUUGCAAGGCUAGACGAGAAAGUCCGCUACCUCAUUUUGAAACUAGUGCAAAGGAAAAUAGCAACGUUGCUGCACUUUUUGAACAAGUCAGCCGACAUGCUCUAGAAAACGAGACUAUUCAAGAUGACUUUGUUAAUGAUUUUUCAGAACCUCUUAUUCUUUCUAAACCUCCUAAUAAUUCUAAUUGUAACUGUUAA